AACCUAGUUUCUAUAUUCAAAGAUGGCCGAUCCUGACUUCGUGACAUCUGAACAUUUGGUUGAUUCGUCGAACGACAGAGAAUAUCUUAGCGAAUGGCCUCCAGUAAAUGAUAUAAGAGAAGAAUCUGAGCAAUUCAGUCAGGUAAAAAGACAGAGAUUGGAUCGCCCAGAUCACGCAGAGGAAAAAAAACACCCCAGUGUGCAAGAGAUACAAGAGGAAGAGAGAGUUUUAUGGGCUCGGCCUGCUCUGGCAAAGUGGUGGAGAAAGAGACAAAACGAUCCUGGGCUAAAAGAUUGUACAAAAAUUCCAAAAUCAGAUAAUCCUAAUACACUACUGAAAUAUGUUGCUAGCCUCCCUACAGGAGAAGUGUUCCUAAAAGAACAAAUUAACUUGUUGAAAAAGAAGAUAAUAUUGCAUCCUGAAAGUGCAACACAUCAUGCAGCUCUAGCAUCCUACUAUGACCUGCUUAACGACACUUCUUCAGCCCUGAGCAGCCUAAAUAUUGCCGCAAAGCUUGAUCCAUUGAGUAAGAAUAUUGCAUGGUUGCAUUUGAAAGUACAACGAAGUAAAGAGCUGGAGGAUAAAAGAAGAAGUCUUCAGGAACGUUUUUUGCCACAUCCUCCUGCUGAUUAUAAGAUGCCUGAGCCAGUGGAGGUAGAGAGGCGUCACUGCAAUACUCUGGGAGCAAAACAGUUCUUAUUUGAUUAUUGUAUAACUGGUAUUCCCGUUAUUAUCACAGGACUGGUGGAUACCAUGACUACUGCCGUUUGGGACUUUCAGCAUAUUAAAGAGGUAAUUGGAAACAAGACAGCAACACUUAAAAGAACGGUUAAAGAAUCCACAGAAUGGGCAAAGCUUGAACCAGCUGGUAACAUGAAAAUAUCCGAGUUUAUUGACUCCCUGCAAACAUUACAGGAACCACUUUACUUGUUUGAUUGGAGCAUACCAACACAUGCUCCUGACUUAGCAAAAGAACUCAGGAUUCCCAAAUAUUUUGCGGGAGACUUCUUACAGAGAACUGCACCAGGAUCACUUUACCGGGACAGUUGGCCAAGUCUAUUUAUUGCACCUGCAGGAUUGCAUAGUGAUCUUCAUGUUGAUGCAUUUGGUUCAAAUUUCUGGAUGGCACUUUUCCAAGGAAGGAAAAGGUGGACUUUCUUCCAGAGAAAAGACAUUCCAUUGCUUUAUCCACACUACCAGGAUUCACUUGACCUUGUAUUUGACAUAGACCUGAGUUGUCCUGAUCUUGAUAAAUAUCCUCUGUUGAUGUCAGCAAUGCCUCGUCAAUGCACCUUAGAACCUGGUGAACUGUUGUUUGUCCCUCAUGGCUGUCCACACAGAGUGGAAAACUUGGAAGACUCUCUAGCUGUUUCAUCAAAUUUUGUUGAUUUGUCUAACCUUCAAGUUGUUCUUGAGGAGCUGAGAGGAAAUGCCUUAAUAGAUCCCAGAUCACAGGAUCUGUUAUUGCAAAUGACAAGGGGUGAUUUUCCAGUAAAAAUGUUUAGUCAACAGAGGGACCUGUCCUGGAAAGAGUUCAAGACGUGGCCUAGGGUUAAAUACAAAGACUUUGAUAUUAAAACGAGUGAUUUACAUGAUUACACUGAUUAAUAUCCAAUGCUUUGAAACAAAUUAUCUAUUUAGUACUUGACUUUAUUACAUGAAUAUUGGAGUUUCAUUUGUUGAAAAAACAGAUCAGCCAGAAAAUUUUUCUGGUAGACAAUCUUUGACAGCUAUGUUCCUCCAAAGGGCAAAUUGACUGCAAAACUGAUGGACUCACUGUUCCUUACUUUUGUUUGUUUUUGUUUUUGUUUGUUUUUUUUUUUUUUAACCUUCAGUUUAACCUAUUUAUUUUGAUAA